UUCGCGGGUGGUAGCAUCGCAAGCUCUCGGUUCGCAUAAUCGAAGACGAAAUACGGAAGACUACGGAAUAACUCGCGGCGACUCGCAGGUGUUUAUUUGGUUUUUGGCGCGGUUGAUUGUUUGUCAAUCAGCACUGUUUAGAUUUGCGCUCUGGCCUGAAAGUGGGAGCUGUUGGUCUUGUGAUCUGUAUGAUAAGGCUGACUACGUUCGGCCAAGAUAGUCCAAAUUAGCCGGAUGCUAUCCGAAUGAGCUAUUAGUGCGCGUAAAAAAUUGACUGUUGAAUGGAAAAGUGAUGCUGGUUCGUCGUUGAAGAUCUGUGCAAUUUUUAAUUUCAUGCGGAUUCAGAUUAAAAAAAAGCGAAAUCUCUCGUUCGAUUGUGUGACAGAUUCAUCUUAUGUAAAGAUUUUGUGUCUGCGUCGUGUGGUAUUUUCGUUACAAAUUUUGGACAGUACUCGGUACUUGCUUCAUCAACUGCCGUCAGCAAGCGACGUCAGUGCCUGGGGCAAACGUACCGCUUGUUAUUUUUACUCUCGGUACAGAGUGCUAUCCGAAAUCGCAACACGGUGGAAAUAAGCUUGUAAACACGUUUAGUUUUCCGCCACUUCCACCGCCUUCAAUAUGCUCCCAGCGACGGUAAGCCUGAGCAAGUUCUACAACCGUCUGAGCAUUCUAGUAACUGUUUUUAUUACCGUGACCAUCGCCAAAAUUAAAGCUGAAAAUUGUGGGCAAGAGGAACUGGCCAGAUGCGCCCGACCGCUUCAGGUGCUACAGUCAUCAACCGAUCUGUCGAUAGCCAUCAAAAAGGAGGAGCUAGACAAAAUUUGCCCUGAUUUGAAUAACGGACUGCAGUGCAUCCGAAGCUACACGCGCCGUUGCAUGACACUGGAGCAAAGGGAUCGUUUUAAUAAACUAAGCAAUGGCACCCACCAAUUCAUGCGUGAUCUGUGCAAGGAAGGACCAUAUCAAAAUGAAUUUUUGUCACACGCCCCCUGCUUGCAGCGGGUCAAACCGGACUAUGAGGUGUGCGGUCGUAAGUACCACAAUACUGUAUCGGUUAUUACGCAACCUGAGCAUCACCAUCAGGGCCGGCACGAAAGGCAUCACCAGCAGCAACCGAACCAUCACACUACGGCCGGAAGGAACGCCAAGGACGACGUGCGAACGGUUUGCUGUUCCUUCAUCGAGUAUCUGGACUGUUCCGAAAGUGCAGCGAAGAAAACCUGCGGUUCACAUACGGCGAGUUUUACCCGAGGAUUUUUGGAUAAAAUGUCGUCCACUUUAAUUAAGAUGUACUGCGAAGACUACUACCGUUCAAACAAGUGUCCCUCGGCACAAUCGUCGGCGUUUAGCACCAGCGUAAACUACGGCGUCAGUUAUUUGCUCCUACCGCUGAUCCCAUCGAUGCUGUCUCUGCUAAGCACGUGCUUUCCAACUUUCAGUUUACUCCGGUUACGAUAGGAAGCUCCUGCACCCCCAAUCCUGCUGGUCCCCUCCAAACACAUAUCUGUCCCACGAGAUGUGAAACAUUGGCGUCGGUGCCACAUUGACCUAAAACCGUACCUAAUUCUCAUGGUCACACAUCAACGGUAUUGUUUUCGUCGUUUUAGACUUACAAACAUGGUUUUGCAAUGCUUUGAAAUUCGUGGAAUUGACCCUUUGUGACUCCUGAUUCGAAUGCUGUACGCGUGGGAUGAUUAUUAUUAGCAAAAAUACAACAGUAGAAGCAUUGCCGUAGGAUUCACUACUGCAGCUUCUGCUACUAGCUGGCCGAGUUUAUUACGCCGAGUAACUAGAUUUUCUAUCUCAUCGGUACACUGUAUAGUGUUAUUGCAACGCCGGGACAAAUGAAGCCGAGAAUAAUUAGUAUUAAUUAAUUUAUUGAGUCGAAUUAGUUGCCGGGGUUCGUUGAAGUUCUACUUCUACGGCUGUCAUCAGCUGUACAGUAGAUCUCUGCUAGAAAUAAUACACAUAACCAUGAAUGAAAACAUUCGAGAAAAAAAUCAAAAAAAAAAACACGGUCCGUCUUUAUUAGUUUUAAUGUAAUUGUGUGCAAGGUUAGUUGAGGUUAAUUGUUAAAAUUACGUUGCUUUUCGGGUAGGUGCGUUCUGUUGCAAAACAAAAAAGGUGUACAUAUUUCUGACGAUUAAAUAUAUUAGGCGACGCUAAGCAAGCAGAAAUAAAAAUCAAUUGGAAAACAACCGUAGGUAGAAGCAAUCACAAAUAAACCAUUGUUAUCGACGUAGGAUAUUGAGUAAACUAAAUUGACGGAUUUUUUCCUACUCAGUUAAGUGACUCCGUUGCUCACUAAUGAAAACCAAAUAUUAGAACGUAAAUAAAUUAUAUUGAAAAGUUUAAUUUUUG